AUUGUGCCCCGCAGCUGCCGAACCGCCCGCCCGCCCGCCCGCCCGCCGCCCGUUCGGCGCGUCAGUCGGCGAAGAGUCCGGUGGUGGGUGCGGAGCCCGGGGCCGUUCCCGCGGCUCCCUCUUCCUCCCCGUCCCCCUCGUCCCGACCCCUCACCCUCUGCCCCCCAUCCCGGCUCCGUCCCCCUCCCGCCCCCUACACUCAGGACGAGAAUGCCCUGCCCGGAACAACCUAGCAGCGCCUAGAUGGCUUUGGUCACGGUCCAGCGGUCGCCUACCCCCAGCACCACCUCCAGCCCCUGCGCCUCGGAGGCCGACAGUGGGGAGGAGGAGUGCCGGUCACAGCCCAGAAGCAUCAGUGAGAGCUUUUUAACUGUCAAAGGUGCUGCCCUUUUUCUACCACGGGGGAAUGGCUCGUCUACACCAAGAAUCAGCCACAGACGCAACAAGCAUGCAGGUGAUCUCCAACAACAUCUUCAAGCAAUGUUCAUAUUACUCCGCCCAGAAGACAACAUAAGGCUGGCUGUAAGAUUGGAAAGUACUUACCAAAAUCGAACACGCUAUAUGGUUGUGGUUUCAACUAAUGGUAGACAAGACACUGAAGAAAGCAUUGUCCUGGGAAUGGAUUUUUCUUCUAAUGACAGUAGCACUUGUACCAUGGGCUUAGUCUUGCCUCUCUGGAGUGAUACCCUAAUUCAUUUGGAUGGUGACGGUGGGUUCAGCGUAUCAACAGAUAACAGAGUUCACAUAUUCAAACCAGUAUCUGUGCAAGCAAUGUGGUCUGCACUACAGAGCUUGCACAAGGCUUGUGAAGUGGCCAGAAUGCAUAACUACUAUCCAGGCAGCCUUUUUCUCACUUGGGUGAGUUAUUAUGAGAGCCAUAUCAACUCAGAUCAAUCCUCAGUCAAUGAAUGGAAUGCUAUGCAGGAUGUGCAGUCUCAUCGGCCUGACUCUCCAGCCCUCUUCACAGACAUACCAACUGAACGUGAACGAACAGAAAGGCUUAUUAAAACCAAAUUAAGGGAGAUUAUGAUGCAAAAGGAUUUGGAAAAUAUCACAUCCAAAGAGAUACGCACAGAGUUGGAGAUGCAGAUGGUGUGCAACUUGCGAGAAUUCAAGGAAUUCAUAGAUAAUGAAAUGAUCGUGAUCCUUGGUCAGAUGGAUAGUCCUACACAGAUAUUUGAGCAUGUAUUCCUGGGCUCAGAAUGGAAUGCCUCGAACUUAGAGGACUUACAGAACCGAGGGGUACGGUACAUCUUGAAUGUUACUCGAGAGAUAGACAACUUCUUCCCUGGAGUCUUUGAGUAUCACAACAUCCGAGUAUAUGAUGAAGAGGCAACGGAUCUCCUGGCUUACUGGAAUGACACAUACAAAUUCAUCUCUAAAGCCAAGAAACAUGGAUCUAAAUGCCUUGUGCACUGCAAAAUGGGGGUGAGUCGCUCAGCCUCCACUGUGAUUGCCUAUGCAAUGAAGGAGUACGGCUGGAAUCUGGACCGAGCCUAUGACUACGUGAAGGAACGGCGCACAGUGACCAAGCCUAACCCCAGCUUCAUGAGACAACUGGAAGAGUACCAAGGGAUCUUGCUGGCAAGCAAACAACGGCAUAACAAACUCUGGAGAUCUCAUUCAGAUAGUGACCUCUCAGACCACCACGAACCCAUCUGCAAACCUGGGCUUGAGCUCAACAAGAAGGAGAUGACCACUUCAGCAGACCAGAUUGCUGAGGUGAAGACUGUGGAGAACCUUGCAGCCAUGCCACCUGUCUUUGUGGAGCAUGUGGCUCCACAAGAUGCAAAUCAGAAAGGGCUUUGCACCAAAGAAAGAGUCAUCUGCUUGGAGUUUUCAUCACAGGAAUAUCAUGCCGGACAGAUUGAAGAUGAAUUAAACUUAAAUGACAUCAAUGGAUGCUCAUCAGGGUGUUGUCUCAAUGAAUCAAAAUUCCCUCUUGACAACUGCCAUGCAUCUAAAGCCUUAAUGCACCCUGGACAGGCCUCAGGAGUGGGCAGCAAGUCCCCAGACUUAGCAGUGGAGGAUCUGGAGACAGACGCACUGAAGGCAGACAUGGAUGUCCACUUACUGCCUAUGGAAGAGUUGACAUCACGACUGAAAGACCUCCCCAUGUCACCUGAUCCAGAGUCACCAAGCCCCCAACCCAGUUGCCAAGCUGCCAUCUCCGAUUUUAGUACAGAUCGUAUUGAUUUUUUUAGUGCUCUUGAGAAGUUUGUAGAGCUUUCUCAAGAAACCCGGUCUCGAUCUUUUUCCCACUCAAGGACAGAAGAACUAGGUGGAGGAAGGAGUGAGGGUUGUCGCCUGUCAAUGUUAGAAGUGACACCCUCCGAAAUGGCAGCUGAUGACCAGAGAAGCAGCUCUUUGAGUAAUACUCCCCAUGCAUCUGAAGAAUCUUCAGUGGAUGAGGACCAGUCAAAGGCAGUCUCAGAGCUUGUCAGCCCAGAUGUCAUCAUGCAGUCUCACUCAGAAAAUGCAAUUUCAGUCAAAGAAAUUGUCACUGAAAUUGAGUCCAUUAAUCAAGGAGUUGGGCAGGUUCAGUUAAAAGGAGACAUACUCUGUAACCCAUGCCAUACACCAAAGAAGAACACCAUCCAAGAGCUGCCUCUGGAGAGAGCACAGGCCCCUGAGAACAAAGCUGGACAUUCGGAGCAAGACGAGAGUUUGUAUGCAGACCAACCUGAGCUAGCUGAAGAAUCAGAGCAGUGCAGCUCAGAAGGCUGUCCAGCCACACACCCAGCCACAGCGGACUUGGAAGAAGAGGAACCAGUUGAGGGGGGACAGGACUGGGGCCCAGGGAUGCAGCCUGGUGCCAAGUGGUACCCUGGGUCUGUGAGGCGGGCCACCCUGGAGUUUGAAGAGCGCUGGCGACAAGAGCUGGAGCACCAUGGCGCUGCCGCCUCUGCAGGCGCCACAUUACCCAGUCGCAAAACCUCUAAGAACGGGUCUUCUGCAGCAGACCUAAUGCCAAAGUGGAAACGCGACGAAGCCACCCCAGAACAUUCAUUUCCCCUCAGAGAAGCAGAGAUGAGCAAGGGGGAAGGGGAAUUGAGUGGGAAUGAAGCUGGACCACUAUCCCAUGGUGAGCAUAAUGCCACUGCUCCGGCCCCUGAGCUGCUGGAAAGUCAUCCCUUGCGAGCGCCUCAGGACUGCCGAGGGUCAGACACUGGAACUAAGAAGCAGGAAGGAGACCUGAAGAAGCAGAGGACUGGGAUUCCAGACCAGGGAUUCGAGACACAGGCCAUCCCUCUUCCCCUUCCCAAGAGAGUAGAGAUCAUCGAGUACACACAAACAGUUACAUCACUUGCUGCCACUGGGCCAGGAGGUGAGACAGCACCCAGCACAGAGGGUGGAAAGCAAGGGCUGAGGAAGGUGACAAUGGAGAGGGCUGUCGCCAUGUUCUGUACGCUGGAUGAAAAUCUCAACAGGACUCUGGACCCCAGCCAGGUUCCCCUGCAUCCCCAAGUACUACCUCUGCCUCACUCUUCCUCAGAGUACGUCAGGCUCACUGGCCCAACCCCCAUCCUAAGUAGCCCUGAAGACAGGGGAAACGGCCCUUCAACACCCUUGGAGAAAGCAGCACCUUUGGUCAGAUGCAGUGCCCACUUAGCAUCCGCCAACUCGGAUUACCUGCAUCCCCAGUCUGUGGUUUACCUGGAAGGCUGCACAGAGCAGAGCAGCACCACAGACAGCGAGCUGUCCACAGAGCGGGUUAGCCAGGAAGACAGCCAGGAGGGCUUCCUUGCAGGGAGCAGUGGAAUGGUACACAAGUUUUCUCAGUUAAGUAAUGAAGACCUAAGUUUAAUUAACAGACUUGGUGACAGUGUUGGGGUGUCACAGAGAAAACUGGACCCGUCGCCUGAAGCCUGUCGAAUCCCACAUAGCUCUAGUAGUGAAAAUAUAAGAAAUCUCAGCCACAGCCCUGGUGUAGUGAAGGAGCGCACUAAAGAAAUUGAGUCUCGAGUGAUCUUCCAGGCAGGGCUCACCAAAACAUCACAAAUGAGGCGCUCGGCUUCUCUUGCCAAGUUGGGUUACCUGGACCUUUGUAAAGACUACUUAGCAGAGAGAGAGCUUGUCUCCUCGGAGUCCCCUCAUCUCAAAUCGCUUCAGCCCUUCAUCAGAACAGACUCAGGCAUGCAUGCCUUGAUGGCCCAGGAGCCCUCAGAAAGCCCAGGUGCCCACCAGAACCCACAGCCCACCAAGUAUUUUGUAGAGCAACUCAAAACAACAGAGUGUAUUGUGCAGAGCAAACCAGUGGAGAGGCCCCUGGUGCAGUAUGCCAGAGGAUUUGGGUACAGCCAGCAGUGUUUGCUCCCCAGGGCAAGACCAGAAUUGACUAGUUCUGAAGUAGGCCUUCCUUUACUACAGACACAGGGCCUGCAGUGUCCAGGCCCCACUCCAGGGCUGGCCGUGGCACCCCGCCAACAACAUGGCAGAACUCACCCUCUUAGGAGACUAAAAAGAGCAAAUGAGAAAAAACGGACAGCCAACCCCUUCUAUAACACCAUGUGAUCCUGAGCCUGCACACACGGUUUUCUAAGAAAAAUGUUUGUGAAGGGCGGAUGAUAUGUGAGGAACGUGCACUUUAUCAUUAAUUUUGUAAUAUUUUGUCAUUUUACUGUUCCUGGCUCAUGCAGGGUUUGAGUUUUUCCGUGUGUGUUGCAUGUGUGUGUGUGUGUGUGUGUGUGUGUGUGUGUGUGUG